AUGAAGACAGUGGCAAUAAUGGACCUCAAAGUUGAGCCAGGAGAAAUGGACUGCGACCAGCCGCCUCCAAUUGAGGUUUUUGCCAAUACUUCAACGCUGCACGGCAUUUCGCACAUUUUCUCCUAUGACCGGAUCAGCAUCAGACGCUGCCUGUGGCUGGUGUUUUUUCUGAGCUCCCUGACGCUCUUGUUGUAUGUGUGCACGGACAGGAUUCAGUUUUACUUGGAGUACCCGCACGUUACCAAGCUGGAUGAAAUCACGACUCCUGUGAUGGUGUUUCCCGCCGUCACGUUCUGUAACCUCAACUCCUUUCGCUUCAGUAAAGUCACGCGCAAUGACCUGUACCACGCGGGAGAGCUGCUUGCAUUGCUUGGUCCCAGGUAUGAGAUUCGGGACCAACACUUGGUGGACGAAAGCGUCCUUGAGUCACUUAAGAACAGAGCGGACUUCAACAACUUCAAGCCGAGGCCGUUCAACAUGCGAGAGUUCUACGACAGGACGGGCCAUGACAUCCGGGACAUGAUGCUGGCCUGCCGCUUUCGGGGGUCACCGUGUCGACCAGAGGACUUCAACGUGGUGUUUACACGCUAUGGGAAGUGCUACACCUUCAACGGUGGGGGUGCCCAGGCUCCUCGCAUCAGUGUCAGGGGAGGAAUGGGAAGCGGCCUGGAGAUCAUGCUGGACAUCCAACAGGAUGAGUACCUGCCUGUAUGGGGAGAGUCAGAUGAGACGUCCUUUGAGGCGGGCAUCAAGGUGCAGAUCCACAGCCAGGACGAGCCGCCCUUCAUAGACCAGCUGGGCUUCGGGGUCGCGCCGGGCUUCCAGACCUUCGUCUCCUGCCAGGAGCAGAGGCUGGUGUAUUUACCUCCGCCAUGGGGGGAGUGCAAGACGACUCCCAUGGACUCGGACCUGUUUGAUGUGUACAGCAUCACGGCCUGCCGCAUCGACUGCGAGACACGCUACCUAGUGGAGAACUGCAACUGCCGCAUGGUCCACAUGCCAGGCGACGCCCCUUACUGCACGCCAGAGCUGUACAAAGAAUGCGCUGACCCAGCACUGGACUUCUUGGUGGAGCGUGACAAUGAUUUCUGCGUGUGUGAAUCUCCCUGCAACAUGACACGCUACAGCAAGGAGCUGUCCUUCGUCAAGAUCCCAAGCAAGGCCUCAGCUAAAUAUCUGGCUAAGAAGUACAACAAAUCAGAGGAGUACAUAGCGGAUAACAUACUGGUGCUCGAUAUCUUCUUUGAGGCAUUGAACUAUGAGACCAUUGAGCAGAAGAAAGCUUACGAGGUGGCCGGAUUGCUUGGUGAUAUUGGAGGGCAGAUGGGGCUCUUCAUCGGUGCCAGUAUCCUGACCAUUCUAGAGCUGUUUGACUACCUAUAUGAGGUCAUCAAAUACAGGUUGUGCCGAUGUUCUGACCGCAAGGACUCUCACGGCACCGGAAGCACGCAGGGAGCUGUGCUUCGAUUGGAUGAUGUCAAAUGUCACAUGACCCAUUACCCAUAGCUGGCUGCGACUCAUCAGUAGAGCUCUUUCCUCAUUGGCUCCUUCUUCACUCCAGAACCAGGAAGCACCACAAGACCCUCACGAUUAAAAGCUUUGGAGGAUGCCAAGGACCAAAUUUUGACACAUUCCUGUUUAAGGUCGUAUUUGUGUAUAGGUUUGUCUGUUCUGUGCUGAGUAGAUGGUUUCAUGGAAGACCUGACAGUGAGAAAACUCACACGUUAAGACGAGGAC